AUGGCUUAUGCGCAUUUAAGAGCUCAUAUUGCUAACAUCCCUGCUUUACAUUCGUCAUGUCUUAUAUUGAGCCAUUUUGUCUCAACUGAACGGCAUAGUGGGUCAACGAGGAAAUCGCCGCAUUCUGAUAUAACGGAGUGGGGUGGGCAGCCCCGACUGUCUCAUGCUUUGAUCUACAUGUAUGGAGUACGCAUCACAUGGACCCGUCGCGCUGAGGAGACCAUGGUAAAAGAUCUCAUCACGGAAGCACUGCCGCUGAGAUGUCUACAACGCGCAAAUCAGAGCAGCUUACUUGGAGCGAGACAGAUGUAA